UUGAGAUGCCUGAAGCUAUCUAGAAGUGUCGAGGCCUUUAUCAUGAAAUCUCGAAGCCUCUAUCACCGACUUAUUUACACCGACGGAAGCGUCUAUAUAUACCGAAAUUCGUUGUUCCCGAUCGUCGGGUUUGGUUGUCGAUGAAUGCUUGGAUAGAGUUUGAUAACGUUAACUCUUCCUGAUAACGUUAGCUCUUCCGGAUUAUCAGAUUUUGUUGUUUGUCAAGCACACAGAGAACGAGGGAGGGAAAAAAAAAAAGGGGAAGAAGGAAAAGAAGGAGAGAGAGAUCAGAAGUGCCGGUCUUAACUGUGAAUAACGAAGCAGCAGCUGUAAGCGGCUCGGUGAGUGUUGAUUGGAUGGCAUCAAACAAUCGAAAGCUGAAGGGAAAAAGAUACUUAAGAAUGAAUGAUGGACCAAAUGAUAAUGAUCAACAAAAUGUGCAGAAUGCAUUGGAUGGUCACACUACUGCUACCUUUUUUGAUAACAAUAUCAAUCGUCGAAUCAAAUCAAGAAGAUGGAUAGAAGUGUCUGAAGCGGUGGUUGAGGAUAGCCGGGUAAAGCAACACAAUGAUGAUGGUAUCAAUGUAAUACAACAUCGAGAUAAGCGAGUUAGAAAUAAUCGAGAGACGUCAAAUGUGACAAUGAAGCGAACUACUGUUACUGAGGCUAAUUCGAAUGGUAAUGGUCAGGGUGGAACUGGCGAACAUUUACAUUCAUUCGGUCAAGCAAGCUAUCAAAGCACUAGACAAGGUUCAAUCAUUAGAUAUGAAGAUGCAGGCGACAAUAUUUAUGUUUGUGAUUACUGUGACGCACUGUUUUGGCUUGAAGAGGCAAUUAAACAAACAUCGACGAAAGUGUCUCCUAUCUAUACAAAUUGUUGCAAAAAAGGGAAAAUUAAACUUCCACAUGCUAAACCAACUCCGAAUUUUCUUAGAACAUUAUUAGAUCCAAAUAACGGUUCGGAAAGUAAACUUUUUAGGGAAAAUAUUCGAAUUUAUAAUUCAAUGUUUUCGUUUACAUCAAUGGGAGCAAUAAUUGAUCGAAAAAUAAAUACUGGAUUAGGUCCGUACGUAUUUAAAAUCAGUGGUCAAGUACAUCAUUUAAUGGGUUCUAUAUUGCCAUCUGAGGGAGAAUUUCCUAAAUAUGCACAAUUAUAUAUAUAUGAUACUCAAAAUGAGAUUUAUAAUCGUAUUAAUGCUAUUAAUCCUACCCAUAUGAAUAACAACAUCAAACCAUAUAUAGUUGAAGGACUUAUUAAGAUGUUCGAUGAAAUUAAUGAAUUAGUUAAACAAUUUCGAACGAUAAGAGAUAAAUUUGAAAAUCAGUGUUUACCUUUAUUUACUGUGAAUGUACUUGAUUGUUUACGUACUGAUAGUAAACAAUAUGAAAGACCAACAUCUGAGGAAAUUAGUGGUCUCAUUGUGGGUGUACAUACCUCCAAUAAUAUGGAGUAUUUACUACGUCACCAAGCAUAAGUAACACCCACUUUGGGACAUCCACAAGACAUGGCAAGGCCCAACCGAGACAUGCAUCGUGUAGCCCUAUGUUCAGGCUACGCGGCAGUAUCCGGAAGUCACAAAUCCGCCACCGGGAAGCCACAUUUCCGCCCUUGCCAAGAUGCCUCCACAAACAUAGCUUUCUGCAUGUUAAAUAGACUAGAAUAGUAACUUUGCUUGUCCCACAUCGAAGAACAAGUAAAAGAGAAGCAUUCCUUCAUCUAUAAAAGGAAUGCCUCCUCCCACAACUCAACACAUUCAUUACAUCUCUUGUAAUCUUGUUAGGCCGCAAGGCUCGACACACUAGUAUAGCUUUCAAGUGGACGUAGUCUCCCGCUCAUGCGGAGGCGAACCACUAUACAUCUCGUGUCAAUCUCUCUCUUUCUCUCAUUUAAGCUAACUAGAGAUCCCCAUGGAUUCUAACGUUAACAUUGGCGCCGUCUGUGGGAAGCCAACACAUUGGCUUCGUCACCUUCCAUGAGCUAAGUCUGCUCAGCGGAGCUUGAAGAAAUUCCUUCCUUCUUUGAGUUUAUGUUUGAAUUAAUGUUUCUUGGCAGCAACUAGAGCAGAGUGUGCAGAAAUUUGCACCUUGCGGGCUGGUCAACACGUGGUCAACGCCCGGCGGAGUUGGUCAACGCCCAAGAAGUGGUCAAAACUUGCAGAAACUGCUCAAAACACCAACGUAUGGGCUGGUCAACGCCCGGCGGGGGAAGUCAACGCCCAUCAAGGCUUGGUCACACUUUCGGUCAGCACCAGUCAAGGUUGGUCAACGCCCAACCCAUGAAGGUCAACGCUGGCAUAAAAAAAAAAAAACAAUCUGGGCGGCCAAAUUUGCUCUGGACACCCAGAGAACUUCUCUGGGCACCCAUCCAGUUUUCAAAUUUCCCGCCAGCCAAUUGCUCCGCCAGCAGCAACUUUCUCCGCCGAACUUCGAUCUCUGCCGGACUGCGAUCUUCCGCCCAGCCUUAGCUCCGCUGGGAUCCUCCGCCGGCGGUAGCAGCAGCCAAGCCAGCGCGCUCUGGUCCGAAGCUUCGCUCCGAUGCUUGCAUCGCUGCACCAGCUCCGCUAGGGAGCUCCGCUCCGCCAGGCAGGCACCCAACUUCCGCCAGACUCCCCACCGCCGGCAGUCAUUAAUCGCUCCGCCGGACAACUUCCUCCGCCGAACUCGGCUUCUCCGCCAACUCUUUAAGGCUUCCGCCAGACUACGUCCGCCGGAGAACCAUCAGCGGCACUUCCUCUGCUCACUGCACCUCCGGAGCUCGGCUCGAUGCCGGCUCUGCUCCGCCAGCAGCUCCGCCCAACUGAACAGCUCCGACAGCUUGCACAGCUCGUCCGCUUGCUGACUGCAGAUCCGCUCGCUUCCGUAGAAUAUGGUUUUCCGGCUUCGAACUUCUGUGGCGGACGAAACCUCCGCCAUGCUUCCAACUCCGCUGACCUUCUGUGGCGGACGAAACCUCCGCUGACCUUUGCUUGCAAGGGCUCCGUCCGCGCCGAGCUCCGCUCCGCCAAGGCACCUCCGCUGAGCUCUCUCCUACGCUGAGUCCUCUCCUCCGCUGCGCAUCAGCGCCGCAAUUCACCGCUGAGCUCUUUAACGUUUGGGGCUUGACACUUGACGACCAGAGGACCUCAUCAACUCGUCGAAACUUGACGCUGGACUUUCGUCAGUUCACCAGCUCUCAGUCGACGCCCCAACCAACCAGAUAAGCUUUUUUCUUUUAAUCAAUAUCCUUGAUUGAUUAUCAUAUAUACACACUGCACUGUUCUCUCGCUUGUCCUUACAUGCCUAUAAUUACACGGCAGUUACAAGCCCACGAUAGCAUGCAACUAUAGAGACUUGUGCGUGUUUCCGUUGUGAUCAAUUAAGCAUGGUCAUGCGUGCAGAUUGCCAUGCUUUCACCUUAUGCUUGUGUCGGCCACAUGCAAAGCUUGUUAAUUGGAUAUUCAUAAUUAUGCUACAUGUGUCCAUGUAAUAUGAUAGCAUGCUGGUGCUUUGACUAAAUUCCUUAUCUCCAAGAUUAUAUGCAUGGUUGACUUCACCUAUAUGCCCCCGGAUCCGGCUAUACAUCUUGGCACAUGGCAUCUUCACAUUUGCAUAUAAACGAUGUGUUAUGUAGAACUAAUGAGCGCUCGUAUGUUCCCCGCAAAUUGGACAUUCAAAAUAGACAUUUAUGCAACUUAUUUGUCAUCAACUACUACAUUUACUUGUACACUUUGCUUACGAUUUUGUCCAAAUACAUAUGCAAAUUGUUGAUGUUGAUUUUACAAAUCCACAUCUUAAUCAUAUAUUUUGUUUCAAGGAAAUCUCUAUUUCUAUCGACCAUUCAACCGCAACUACGAGUUGACGGACAUUAUCGGAGUACUUUAUCCGCCAAGCAAUGGAUCGCCAUGCUCGGCCAACUCCGCCAGCCCCCAAAUUACCACGAGAUAAGUAACUACAUCUUAUCUCUUACGCUCUUGCAAUUAGAGCUAUUGCUAUGUCUAUACAUGUCUCCAUGACCCUUACGCAUGCCUACGACAUGUUCUUGGCCACUUUACUACUUGUGCAUGCUUGCUCUAUGUGUUUGUCAUUUUUUCAUGCAAAUGCAUACUUUACACAUCCACGGUCUACGACCAAAACCGCCAAGCGGUCAGGCAACGCCUCAUAAUAGCCAUUGAUCCGGCAGCAAGGGACUAGUUAACGCAGCCUACGGCAGCCAUUGAUCUGGCAGUUAACCCCGACGCUUGGGUACCAAAGAUUGGGAUCGCUUCCCAACACCCUCUGCUCCGUGCAGCUCCCCCUCAACAAACAUGGCUGGGGAGUCGGGGACUCUCUAGCGGGGCCUAGCAGGGGCCCACCCCAUUGAGCUUCCCGCUCAUGCCUUCCCGGCAACCCUUGAGCUUCCGCUCACGAGCUUCCGCUCAUGCCUUCCCGGCACCCCAUUGAGCUUCCCGCUCAUGCCUUCCCGGCAUCCCAUUGAGCUUCCGCUCAUCCCACCACGUUAAUGGAACAUGGAAUUCUUCUACCAUUUGUCGCUCCCGACAAAUUGAAUUCUUUUCGCGUUCCAUUAAUACGAGCGACAACCAAACGCUUACCUUCGCAGCGCUCAUACAACUUACAUUUAUCAUAUACAAUCCAUAUGCUCACACGACCAUACGCGCUCUCGAGUUUGUCCGUCAUCAUCGAUCGUACUCGGCGCCAUUCACGUGUAUACAUCAACAUGUAUCACGCCCCCCAUACGUUUAUAUUUUGUUGCUCCAUGCAACGAGCAUUCUACGUAUGCCUGCUUUUUGUUUUUGUUGUGCAGGUUAACGAGUCCCUUCUUGCUUACGGAGUUCGGGGACUUGUAGGGGCUCCGUACCGCCCGGUUACUUAUGCUUGAUGACUUCAUGAUUUGAACUCCCCAACCAAGAAGCUACUCUUACUCGGGGACUUCGGGGACUUGUACAUACCUCCAAUAAUAUGGAGUAUUUACUACGUCACCAAGCAUAAGUAACACCCACUUUGGGACAUCCACAAGACAUGGCAAGGCCCAACCGAGACAUGCAUCGUGUAGCCCUAUGUUCAGGCUACGCGGCAGUAUCCGGAAGUCACAAAUCCGCCACCGGGAAGCCACAUUUCCGCCCUUGCCAAGAUGCCUCCACAAACAUAGCUUUCUGCAUGUUAAAUAGACUAGAAUAGUAACUUUGCUUGUCCCACAUCGAAGAACAAGUAAAAGAGAAGCAUUCCUUCAUCUAUAAAAGGAAUGCCUCCUCCCACAACUCAACACAUUCAUUACAUCUCUUGUAAUCUUGUUAGGCCGCAAGGCUCGACACACUAGUAUAGCUUUCAAGUGGACGUAGUCUCCCGCUCAUGCGGAGGCGAACCACUAUACAUCUCGUGUCAAUCUCUCUCUUUCUCUCAUUUAAGCUAACUAGAGAUCCCCACGGAUUCUAACGUUAACAGUGGGCAAUAUUGGAGAACAUAAUUCAGAGAGAGACAUAAUUAUUGAAUCAAAUAAUAGACAAUUGCAACGAGUUUCGAAAAUACAUCCAAAAUAUAUGUCAUUACAAUAUCCGAUUCUUUUUCCGUAUGGUGAAGAUGGAUAUAAACCAAAUUUAUUGAUGCACAAAACAUCUACAAAUUCCCAACAAAAAAGAGAGAGAAUAUCAAUGCGAAGUUAUAUUACGUAUCAAAUUCAAGACAGACGUAACGUAGAAAAUACUUUAUUACAGGGUGGACGAUUAUUUCAACAAUUUUUAGUUGAUGCUUAUGCAACUGUUGAGGAAGAUCGUUUAGAUUGGAUAAGGAAAAAUCAAAAAAAUUUCCGAAAUGAAAUUCUUAAAGAAAUGUAUACUGCAUCUUCAUCUGGAAUUCAUAAAGGUCAUGACUUAGGACAAAAAAUUAUUUUACCAAGUUCUCAUACUGGAAGUCCUAGAGAUAUGAUUAAUAAUUAUCAAGAUGCUAUGGCAAUUUGCAGACAAUAUGGCAAUCCUGAUUUAUUUAUAACUUUUACUUGCAAUGUUAAAUGGAUAGAAAUACAAAGAUAUUUAAAAAAUGAUCCUAAAUCUAAAAUUGAAGACAGGCCUGAUAUAAUUUCGAGAAUAUUUAACAUAAAAUUACAAAAUAUGAUUACAUAUAUUAAAUCUGGGGAACCUUUUGGACAAGUUGAGGCAGAUGUUUGCACAAUAGAAUUUCAAAAAAGAGGACUUCCUCAUGCUCAUAUGUUGUUUUGGUUAAAAAGAGAUUAUAAAUGUUAUACAGCAGCAGAUAUAGACUCUAUUAUUUCAGCUGAAUUACCAGAUAAAAAUGUUAAUCCAGAACUUUUUGAUAUUGUAAGUCAAUUUAUGAUUCAUGGGCCAUGUGGACAAAUUAAUCCAAAAAGCCCUUGCAUGAAAGAUGGAAAAUGCUCUAAAUUCUUUCCAAAACCAUAUAACACAAAAACUAUAUUCGAAGCUAAUUCACCACCAACAUAUAAACGUAUCAAUGAUGACACAAAAUUCGUCGAAAAAAAUGGCGUUCAUGUUGGUAAUAAUUUUGUUGUACCAUAUAAUUCAAACUUAUUAUUGAGAUACAAUGCUCAUAUUAAUGUUGAAUUAUGUUCCCAAUCUAUGUUAAUUAAAUAUUUAUUCAAAUAUAUUAAUAAAGGUCCAGAUAGAGCUCGAAUUUUGUUACAAGAAAACUUAAAUGAUGAAAUUCAAACUUAUCUUAAUUGUCGUUAUCUAACUCCUCAUGAAUCUAUUUGGAGAUUGUUUGAAUAUCUAAUUCAUUCUAAGCAUCCUGCUGUACAACGUUUACAAAUACAUCUACCGUUAGAACAAAAUGUUAUUUUUAAUGAAUCUGAAUCUCUUGAAUCAAUCAUAGAACGUAAAAGUACAGAAGAUACUACAUUAACCGGAUGGUUUCAAGCAAAUAAAAUUUACCCAGAGGCACGCGAAUUAACUUAUGUAGAAUUUCCAACUAAGUUUGUUUGGCAUGAUCGCACAAAAUGUUGGGCACCAAGAAAACGAUAUGAAACAAUUGGACGAAUAACAUAUAUACAUCCUACAAAAGGCGAACUAUAUUUUAUGAGAAUGUUAUUAAAUAUUCAAAAAGGUUGUAGUGAUUUCAAUUCAAUAAAGACCGUUAAUGAGAUUACAUACCCUUCUUAUCAAGAAGCCUGUCAAGCCUUGGGGUUAUUAGGAGAUGAUAAAGAAUGGAUUGAAGCAUUAACAAAUUCUUCAUAUAUUGCAACGGCUUCUGAAAUACGCCAACUUUUUGUUACAAUAAUCUUAUUUUGCGAUGUUGCAAGUCCUCAAACAUUAUUUGAUUUACAUUGGUCAAAUAUGUGUGAUGAUAUUUUAUAUAAAGCUAGAUUAGAAACUCAAAAUCCAAAUUUGACCUUACCAGAAUCAGAACUGAAGAACACAUUGUUAUUUGAACUAGAACACCUAUUUAAUAUGUCAUCAAGUUCAUUAAAAGAUCAUCAAUUACCAAUGCCUGAUAAAAAUAAAAUAUUAGAAUUGAAAAAUAAAUUAUUAAAAGAAGAAUUAGAUUAUAACUGUCGAGAAUUAAAACAUUUACAUACAAAUUUAGUUGCUCAGUUAAAUACGUGUCAAAAAAUUGUUUAUGAUGAAGUAAUUGAAGGGAUUGAAAAAAAAACAUGCAACGCUUUUUUUGUUCAUGGUCAUGGAGGAACUGGCAAAACUUUUUUAUGGCAUACAAUAAUAAGUAAAUUAAGAUCUGAAGGAAAAAUUGUUUUAGCUGUUGCAUCAUCAGGAAUUGCUUCAAUAUUACUUCCAAAUGGUAGAACCGCUCAUUCUAGAUUUAAAAUACCUAUUACAAUAAAUAAUUUAUCAAUAUGUCCGAUAAAGAAAGGUACUCAUCUUGCAAAAUUAAUUGAUAGAGCAGAACUAAUUAUUUGGGACGAAGCUCCAAUGUGUCAUAAACAUUGUUUUGAGUCAUUAGAUAAAUCUUUACGAGAUAUUUUAUCAGAUUCAAAUAAUAUACAAAAAGAUAAACCAUUCGGUGGUAAACCCAUUUUAUUAGGUGGUGAUUUUAGACAAAUUUUACCUGUUAUCACCGGAGGAACUAAAGAACAAAUAAUUGAAGCUUCAUUAAACUACUCAUACCUUUGGCAAUCAUUUAAAAUAUUUCAUUUAACAGAAAAUAUGAGAUUAUCAAAAAAAAAUUUAACUGAUGAGGAUAGAAAAAAUAUUUCAGCUUUUGCAAAUUGGCUAUUACAAAUUGGAGAAGGUAAAAUACAAUCUAUAAAUUAUGAAAAUGAUAUAGAUACAUCAUGGGUUGAAAUUCCAAACGAUAUACUUAUUGAUAAUUAUAUAGAUCCAAUAAAAGCAAUUUUUCUAGCAACUUAUCAAAAUUUCAAUGAAAAUUACAACAAAUUUGAUUAUUUAAGAGAACGUGCAAUAGUUACACCACGAAAUACUACAGUAACAGAAAUAAACAAUUAUGCUAUAAAUUUAUUGCCAGGUAAUGUGAGUACUUACCUAAGCUCAUAUACUAUUGUUCAAAAUUCAAAAAAUCAUGAAAAUAUGGAUGUUUUAUAUCCAACAGAAUUCUUAAAUAAAUUGGAAUUUCCUGGAUUACCAUCGCAUAAAUUAAUUUUGAAGAUCGGAAUGCCUAUUAUGUUAUUAAGAAAUUUAAAUCAACGAUCUGGAUUAUGUAAUGGUACAAGAUUAAUAAUAACAGCAUUAUUUGAUAGAUUAAUAGAAGCAAAAAUAUUAACAGGAACAAAUAUAAAUCAAAAAUUUUUUAUACCUAGAAUUGUUCUUACAGCUACUGAAAAUAAGUGGCCAUUCAUUUUUAAAAGACGACAAUUUCCAGUUAGACCAUGUUAUGCUAUGAUAAUUAAUAAAAGUCAAGGUCAAUCUUUAAAUCAAGUUGGCAUAUAUUUACCUGAACCUGUUUUUACUCACGGACAAUUAUAUGUUGCACUUUCAAGAGUUACAUCAAGAAAUGGUUUAAAAAUUUUAAUAAAUAAUAGUAAUAAUAUACCAAAUAAAUACACUAAAAACAUAGUGUACAAAGAUGUGUUACUAAAUUUAUAAAUCAAAACAUACAUUAUAUAAUGUUAAUAUAUAAUGUAUGUUUUCA